AGCCGGCUCCGCCGCCGCCCCGCCUGCCCUCCCCCCGCCAUCGCCGGGCGGCCCCGCCGCUCCCUGCGGCCGCGCCGCCGCUCGGUGCCGGAGGCCGCGCAGGCCCUGCCGCGCAGGCCCUGCCCCGCGGCCCGCCCCGGCCCGCGCCUCGCAGCAGAGUUCUUUGAGGUGUAGACAAUGGAGGACGAGGAAACCCAAGUGCAACUCCUGGAUGAAAAGCAGGUGCCGAACUCUGACAGUGGUUAUGUGUGGCAUGUCACCGAUAUGACUCGACUGCAGCGUUUCUUGUGUUUUGGCUCAGAAGGUGGUACUUACUGCAUCAAGGAGCAGAAGCUGGGCUUUGAAAAUGCGGAAGCUUUAAAAAGACUGAUUGAAGAGGGUAGAGGUGGUGAAGUUGUUCAAGAAAUAAAGACUUUUAGUCAAGAAGGCAGAGCAGCAAAACAGGAGCCCCUGCUUUUUGCACUUGCAAUUUGCUCACAGUGCUCUGAUGCAAAAACCAAACAAGCGGCAUUUAAAGCUGUUCCUGAGGUGUGUUGCGUACCAACCCAUCUCUUUACUUUCAUCCAGUUUAAAAAAGAUCUGAAGGAGGGCAUGAAAUGUGGCAUGUGGGGCCGUGCACUGAGGAAAGCAGUUGCAGAUUGGUACAAUGGGAAGAAUGGCAUGGCUGUUGCUUUAGCAGUUACAAAAUAUAAACAAAGAAGUGGUUGGUCUCAUAAAGAUCUUCUGAGGUUGUCCCACCUAAAACCUGCCAGUGAAGGAAUUGCUGUAGUCACUAAAUACAUUACCAAAGGGUGGAAAGAUGUCCAAGAGGCUUAUAAAGACAAAGCAGUUUCUGCUGAGACUGAAAAACUCUUGAAGUAUCUGGAGGCUGUGGAGAAAGUAAAACGCACAAAAGAUGAAUUGGAAGUUAUUCAUUUAGUAGAGGAAUAUGGUCUAGUUAGAGAGCAUCUCCUGACAAACCAUCUGAAAUCUAAAGAGGUUUGGAAGGCAUUGCUGAAGGAGAUGUCCAUUGCUCUGCUGUUGAGAAAUUUGGGAAAGCUGACAGCAAAUUCGGUGCUUGAACCGCGAGGUUCAGAAGUGGCAAUAGUAUGUGAAAGACUGAGAAAUGAGAAACUGCUAAAAAAGGGCAGAAUACAUCCAUUCCAUAUUUUGGUUGCAAUAGAAAGCUAUAAAGCUGGACAUGGAAGCAGAGGGAAGCUUUGGUGGCGUCCUGAUGAAGACAUUUUAGAAGCUUUAGAUGCCUCGUUUUACAAAACUUUCAAGACAGUUGAACCAACAGGAAAACGCUUCGUACUUGCAGUUGAUGUCAGUGCAUCGAUGACACAAAAAGUUUUGGGCAGUGUGCUCAAUGCUAGCACAGUUGCAGCAGCUAUGUGCAUGGUUGUAGCACGUACUGAGAAGGAUUCCCAUAUCAUUGCCUUUUCACAUGAAAUGGUCCCUUGCCCAGUGACGGCUGAUAUGACGUUACCUCAAGUAUUAGUGAAAAUGUAUGAAAUUCCAGUGGGUACUACUGAUUGUUCCCUUCCAAUGAUAUGGGCUCAAAAAACUCAGACAGCUGCUGAUGUCUUCAUUGUAUUUACUGAUAACGAGACCUUCACUGGAAAUACUCAUCCUGCAACUGCUCUUAGAGAGUACAGAGAGAAAAUGGGUAUUCCUGCUAAACUGAUUGUUUGUGGAAUGACCUCAAACGGUUUUACGAUCGCAGAUCCAGAUGACAGAGGCAUGUUGGAUAUAUGUGGCUUUGAUGCAGGAGCUUUGGAUGUUAUUCGAAACUUCACUUUGGAUUUGAUUUAGUUUUCUAGACAUCUGCUCUUCCCAGUGGGUCCAUUGCUGGCAACAGACUUCACCCUGGGACCUCCCAGCCAAAUAUACUUUAUUAGAACAUGGCACAUCAUAUACAUAUUGGAAUGUUACCUUUUUGUGAAGGGAAAACAAGAAAAGCAGAUGAGAAAUCUCUUUUCUCUUUUUUCCUGUUGCACACAAUUUAACAAUGGGAAGUUUGCUAAAAGUAGCUACAGGGUUACUCAAGACAUAAAUUAAUUUCAUUUAUAAUAGUUUAUAAAUACUGAGAGAUUUUUAAUUCCCCCCCCCCUCCUUGCUGUGGAAUGCUUGUUUGCAAGAAUAAAUUGAUUAAUUACUUAAGAUGGGGCAGGAAAAGAGAGCGGCUUUAGUAUUUUAAAUAAUGUCAGUUUAACAGCAUCUUUGAGAGAGAUUUUUCUUUGAGCUUUUUUUAACCUCUGUAUUUUAAACUACUAAGGUUCGACAGUUGCCAUUGUUACACUACACAUCUACAAAAGAAGUAUUUUCUGGGACAUGUGAGACCAUGUGACUGUGACACAGUAUAAAAGCCACCCCGUGAAAUUUUAUACUGAUAAAACUGAAAGGAAGAGCUCAUACUAAUCUUUUUUAUCCAGAUUAUCAUCUCAGUUUUCAGGAGUAAAGCAUAACUCUCUUUAGGUAAAUUGAGGGGCAGUUUCUGUACAAUGCUGUUUCAGAAGCACUAUUUUAGAAUUAAUAUGCUUUACAGGAAGCUCUAAAAACUGGUUUUAAUAGAAAAAGACCUUGGAAAUGGCUGGGAAGCUGCAUUCAGUCCAUGUUACAACUUGAGGAAGCAUCAGCACACUUUCAGUGAGGAAGAUCACCAAGCGCAUGUGUCUUGGCCUGCUCUUGAAGCUGAGUGGUAACAACCAGAAACAAAAAGCUAUGUUUUUUUUUUCCCCAAAAGAACGUGUUCAAUGAUACAGAAACAAUCUUCCUAACAGGAGCGUAUUUACUUUUUUAAAAUCUUUUGUAGAUUAACAUUACUUCUGAUUUCAUAAAUUAAUUCAAGCUAACAUUUUUCAAAACUACCUCCAGUUUAUAGUGACCAAUUCUUAAGAACUUUUAUGAAAUGUACAGUUGUCUCCUUCAUGUUCUCAAAAUCUUGUUUAGGAAGUGAUUGGAACUGGAUAUUUUUUUUUUCUUUUAAUUUAGUCUCAUACUAGGAGUGUGAGUAAAUAAGGAGAACGCUAGUGAAUAUCUUAUCACUUUGGAACAGGAACUGAUAGCAAUUCAUGUGUAUAUGUAUUUAAUUCUGUGUGUAUGUUUUUAUAUAUGUGUGUAUAGGGGGGAAGUUAAAAGAUCUCUUUAGUAGAUCACAAUUUUAGAAGAUGAGAAAGGUGUUUUGGGUUUUUUUAGUGGUGCUUUUACAAAUUCCCCGAAGACAUAUGUAUGCCAGCCUCUUUUAUGCUAAUUCUGGCUGUUUUAAACAGUGAAUUUGAUGUUAAUUUGAAAACAGCUAUGGUUUAUAAAAAUAGCCCUGUUGUGGUGAAUGACAUAUAAGACCAUAUUUUUCUGCCUAAACCCCAAGCUUUUAAAUGUGAAAUUCAAGUUCAUAUUAUACUUUUUAUACUUGUAACACUUUUCGUCAUGCCUCGUACAUAUUGAUUACAAAUUCAGAGCUCGCAUUCUGUAGGAUGGAUAUCUCCUUCGGUGCUAAAACAUGAGGUUACGUGUUACUGAGGGUAUUCUGCUAUACAGUUAUAUACUCCACCUUAACUAAUAGAUCAAAACAGUGAGGGAAGCCUUUUCUGACGCUAAAACCUUGGCUUAAAGAACUGAUGGUAGGACUGUUACCUUUCAGUGGACAUGAAUGCAGUUACUACUGAAUUACCACUGCUGUUAUGAUACAGCUCUGAUGGAAUGCUUGAAGGAUAAGGAGACUGCAACCAGCUUGUCAAGUGUCAUCUAGAAAAAAGCAAACUUUCCCACAAAAGCUGAGUUGUAGCAAUCGGGAGUUUGAAAAAGAAAACUAGCCAUUUCUUAGGGAAAAUUUCUUAACCACUUUUAGUCUCCUUUCUAAAUUAACACCAUGAAUAUGGGGAGUAAACUCAUUUGUUCAGUACAUGUUAAUAAUUAUUUAAAGUAAAUGCACUGAUGUUUUGGGGUUGGUUUUGGUAGAAAUGUGUUUUAAAUUACACAAUAAUAGCCAAACAUCUGAUUAGGUGUUUCCUUCUAAGCUAGAGAUGUUGACAAUAACUGAUAGAUAAGUAUCUUUUGCAAGUACUUUUUCUUAUUUGGAGUAGUAUGUGUGAAGUAAUAGGAAAUAUUUUGGGCUAAAUAUAAAAUGAAAACUUAAAACAGAUAUUUCUAGUAACUGUGCAGUUAAUUGAUAAAUUUACUGCAAGUAAAAGAUUAGACUAGUUACUAACGGGUUGAACAGUUACAGUAGUGUUGCAUCUUUGAAAGCAGUCCAGUUUAAAAUGCAAUUUCUUGACCUAGAGUGUAAAUGAAGAUGAACUUUUCAGUAGAACUUAGAGAAAAUGUAGCUCCCUGUAUCUAUUGACACCAGAUAGCUUUGCACCGUGUUAAAGAUAGCCAUCCGUGCUGGAGCACAUAAUAUGCUCCUACAUAUUUACCGUAUCUCUGUACUAAAAAGUCUUGUUAGAAAUAGAAUAUUCUAAGUGGUUUGGGUAUCUGAUAUAAAACUAGCACCAAUGAAUGAGAUCAUGUUGUCAUUUGCUUUUCCUUUAAGAUUUUCAGAGAGGGGGAACUGGAGUAAACGCUGACAGCUGAAACUUUGCAGUGUGUUGACCUUUGUUUCUACCAUUUUCUGUCUGGUUUUGUUACUACCUUACAGUAAAGGGCACAGAAGAAUGAUGCUGCAUAUUCCUUUUCCACAGACUGGAUCUUUUAUUUAAUCUGUCCAUAUACUGAAUUUUAGGGGACAGCAUGACUCACUUGCCAUAACAUAAACCUGUCCUGAUUUUAGCCAUUAGUUAUUAAACUGAUAAUUUCCAAAACUAUCUGGACAUCAAGAGGCAAUAAUUACUUAGUGUUCAAAAAAUAAUGAUAAGGGAGCUAAGACAAAAGUUUCUAAGCUUAAGGAUUAAUUCAGUAUACAAUAAAUAACCAACCCUUUCACCAGAGAGGAGACACAGACUCUCUCAAGUUGAUAGUGUUGUUUGCAUUAGAGGAAUACUUUGACUAACAAAACAAAAAUGGGGCUGUAAUUGUGCACUGCAGUUUACCAAUGAAACUGAACAGGGACAAGUUUAAAGAUGGUUAAUUUUAUUAAAAACAGUAAUUUUAAAAAAAAAAAAGGCCUAAAUGCAGAGAGCAACUUUAGACUGGGUGAAUGCAGGUUUCUUGGUAUCUAAAAGAAUUAAUAGGUUUUCAGUUUGACUGCCAUUUUAUUCUGUCCCCCGUAAUUCUGAAGUGUUAAGAGUGUUAUGUCUAAGACUAUAAUGUUCAGGCACUUUAGCUUUAAGAAUGAAGAAAAGGAUGUAAUGGCUGGAUGGAAGUGCAGCAGAGGUAAAACUUCUGUAGCGAAAGGCUGUAAAGAAUGAACAUCAAAGGUCAGGCUUCUUCCUGGAAGGGACACAACCAAGAAUGUGGCGAGGGCAGAAAGCACUCAAGACCUGUUAAAAGUCAUGCAAUGCAUACAUUGAUAUAGUGUAAUAACUCGAAGUCAGUAAUUUUGCCAAGGAAUAGAAUUUCGUGUCAGGAAUUUUAGACUGGUAGCAAGGAGGCAGAGAGUUUGGGAUGCUUAUGGAAUUGGAUUACAGGCAAAACGUGGGGUCUGUACCUACAAUGCUAUUUUAAAAAAGGGGAGCCUAAAAGUAGGUGUAGAUCUGAAGUCAGCAGGGCCAGUCUUAAGUUCCCACUGUGUCAGGGCUGCUAAUAACUGGCCCUAAAAUAUCUUGCUACUUAAAACCACUGUUAAGCCUGUUUGUUAAACGCUAAUCUUUAGGGGGGUUGUGUUCUUUUUCAUUGUUCUCUAAUUGGGGCCCAUAAAUGGGAAUGGCUUUGAAAGGCUUUUCAAUGAAGUCUGUAUUCCUGGCUUAAAAGAUAAACCAGCAGUUUUGGAAAUUUAUUUUAAUACUGGCUUUGUCUGUAAAAACACUAGGAAAAUAUUUCACUCCAUUGCAAAAUGCUGUGCAGCUUAAUCGCGUACCUAACUUAUGGCCACCAUACUCAAAGCACUGGUAUGGGUUCAGUUUGUUUCUUUUGGCUGUGCCCUUCCUUUUCUCUGUUAACGUUGGCUUUUUUUCUCCUUUCCCGUUUCCUUGUCACCUCAGGCCUAUACUUGAAUCUCUUUUCACAUACAGGCUCUCAGCCAUUCCCCUUUUUUUUUACCUCUCUUCUGCUUCUGCCUUCUUGCUGACAAUGAGCAUGCUAGCUUAGCUAAAUAACUUAUACCAGAACUGAUGUCAUAGUAUUUAUCUUAAUUUUUAAAAGCUGGUUAAUUUUUUUCCUUCCUUUGAUAAUGUAAGUCUCUUAAACAUUCAAUUUGCUGUAUCUAUCAAAUUUUCGGUAAAGCUUUGUGUAAAGAUCAGUAACAAAAGUAUACUUGGUUUAUUUACCAAAAUCAAACAUCUGCCUGUGAAUGGCUUUAUUUUGAUAACGAAACUGCUUAAAAUUGGCCUUUCAUAUUAAAAGCUUUUUGUAGAAUGAGCUCAAUGGGUCAGAGCUUUCCAUUCUGUUAAAUAUUAUCAAGCUGCUGUUCCAUGCAGUAUUAGGGAAACAUUUACAUUAAUAUUCUGGAUAAAUGGGCAGCUUCUUUGUAGUAUUGGUCAGAGAAAAUCUUCAAAGAAUAGGAUGUAGAAGUAAACCUGUGCAAAGGAUCACUUGUUUUUUGCUUUUAAUUUUAAAGCAUUUCAUCAGUUUAUAGGUUUAUUUUGCUAUUUACAGUGGUUUACAGUGGACAAAUAUGGUGUAAGCUGUUUUGAUGACUUUAUUGCUGGAAUGGUAGGGAUUUCAUCGUACCAUGCUACAGUAUAGCGUACAAAAUUGCUGAGUAAGAGUUGGGGGGGGUAAAGGUAAAACACUAGGACAGCGUAUUUUGUACAUGCUGCUCUAAGGGCUAAGAUGUAAGAUGAGCUCAUUUCAGCAGAAGGUAUGGUGUCUUUAAAUAUGUGUGCUUACAUUUGGAUUUAUAAUUUUGAUACUGUAAAGCGUGGUUUCUUUAGGUAUUUCUGCAUUCUGAAUUUAAGUUUAAAUAUAUAUAUAUUUGCAUAUAUAUAUGUGGUAUGUUGAGAACUUUUAGAAAUGCUUCAUUAACAAGUAAUGAAUAUAAACAGCUGUUUUCCUAAUGUUACCAGCUUCUUAGAGUUAAGCACAACUAGUUAGAAAUAAAAUGUCUUUUCUAUUACAUUCUCCUAUAAAAGUGCAGUUCUACUCUUCAAAAAUAAUACUGUAUAAAGGAGUGAUGGGCACAUUGACAACUCUGUCUGCUUAGUGGAAUAAGCUGAUGCUUCCUUCCAGCUUCUCAUGCUUUUCAGGAGCACGGUAUUUAAGCUGGAUGAACGGGUAUAUCUUAAGUACAGAAUCUUUUUGUGGGUCAUUUUUAACAUUCGGGUCCCAGGGCAAGCAUGAUUUUAAGAUAAACAGCUUUGUCAUGGAGACAAUGCUAAGCAAAAAUUACAGAAAUGUUUAAUGACUGCUUCUGAAUUCCUCCCUUUGUUUUUUUUUUUCUAGAGUAGAACCACACUUUAACUGCCAUAUCGUGUUUAAGUAACUUAAACAUAACAUGGCUUUGUGCCAUCCAGUAAUGAAGGCACUGUCUUGCUGCUACUUUCUAUGAAGUGAUACACAAUUAACAAGAAACUAUUUGGAUGGGGAGCCUUAUUAUGCUUAAAAAGAAACAUAAUUAACCCUUUGAGUGCCUUAAGACAUACCUUCUGUAAUAAACGGGCACUCACUUGGAUCGGCAGGCAUACAGCAUGUUUUCUCAGCAGUUGGAGUAGAAUAUUGCCUUCAGUGACAAUGCCCUGGGAUUUCUGAAACUUAGAACUCAAAGGGUUAUUUUAGACUACUGGUUUGGGACUUUUUGUUAAAACAGGGAACAAAAUGAAAAGAUCUUUGGAAAAAUUCCAUUGCGUACUACUAUUUUUACAUGAUGGAUUUACCAGCUUUCAGGUGCAAAAUUAUUGUUAAUCUUCUGAGAAAACAUAACUGGUCUAAGAAUUCUACACAGAGAAAAAGAAUACUUGGUUACCACUGUAUGUGCAAAAUAAAUUGCUUUAUUAAGUAUAAGUUUAGGGAGAGAUGCACGUUUGUGUCUGUUUACCUUGAUGACUGUGUCCUUGUAAACAAAAUUUUACUAAGGCAGUGAUGAAGCUAGCAAAAUACAGUACAUGGCAAUAAUAAAAAUGUAACGAGGUCAGCGUGUCUAAUAGCUUAUUACAUGUUAAAGAUGCACAGUGCAGCCAAGUGUAUACUAAAGACUUUCUACAAAGGAUGUGGUUUAAACUUAUUUCAAACCUGCAUUGCAAAAAUGAAGCUGUCAAAUUGAUACCCUUACAGUCCUAGGUAUCUGGAGUUGAAAACAAAUGGGAUGCUUUUUGGGGAAAAAAGUACUUCAAGUGCAUGUAGCACUGAAAGCAAUGGAAAUAACGGGAGUCUUACUCAAAAGAAUUCAGUAAAAAUUCAUUGACUAAUGUUUUUAUUCCAAACUGUGCACCUUUAGUAGUGUAAUGGUCCCUUUUACUAAAGAAUGGGAUAUAAUUUUCUACUUGCAUAUGAACCUUCUUGAACUAACCAAGAGUCUUGGUAUUGCCUGGUCUGGCUUUGGGUGUACAUUGUACUGAAACUAUUGAAUUUUAGACAUUUCUUGUAGACAUCUAACUGCAAGUUAAAAUCACUAGUAAACUGCGUUCUGACUGUAGAACUUAAGUACUUAAAUAAACUCUAUGCAUAUUAGACUC